CAUGUAUGCACACAGAACAUAGUUGGAUCUAAGGUGCAGAAUUGAAAAACUGAAAGGGACCAAGACUUAUUCGGUUAAAGCACCAGAGGGCAAUGGCCCUCCCAGCCAGCCUGGUCCUGGGAGUCCACACCCUGGCGACCCUCCUGAGCCCCCAGGAAGCAGGGGCCAUCAAGGCUGACCACAUGGGCUCCUACGGACCAGCCUUCUACCAGUCUCAUGGUGCCUCGGGCCAGUUCACCUAUGAAUUUGAUGGGGAACAGCUCUUCUCCGUGGACCUGAAGAAAAGCGAGGCCAUGUGGCGUCUGCCCGAGUUUGGUGACUUUGCCCACUUUGACCCACAGGGUGGGCUGGCCAGCAUCGCCAUGAUCAGAGCCCACCUGGACAUCCUGGUGGAACGUUCCAACCGCACCAGAGCCCCCAAUGUGCCUCCAAGGGUGACUGUGCUCCCCAAGUCUCGAGCGGAGCUGGGCCAGCCCAAUGUCCUCAUCUGCAUCGUGGACAACAUCUUCCCGCCUGUGAUCAAUAUCACCUGGCUGCGCAAUGGUCAAACAGUCACCGAGGGAGUGGCCCAGACCAGCUUCUAUUCCCAGCCUGACCAUUUGUUCCGCAAGUUCUGCUACCUGACCUUCGUGCCCUCAGCUGAGGAUGUCUAUGACUGCCGGGUGGAGCACUGGGGCCUGGACGAGCCGCUCCUCAGGCACUGGGAGCCCCAGGUGCCUUCCCCGCCGCCAGAUGCCACAGAGACCCUGCUCUGUGCCCUGGGCCUGGCCAUGGGCCUGGUGGGCUUCCUCGUGGGCACCAUCCUCAUCAUCACAGGCACACGCCUGUCCAGUGCUUCCAGGUAAUGACCUCUCUGAGAGAAAUGGAUUGUGGGAGACCCUGUGGAUUCCCGGCAGGUUUCCGACAGCCCUUGCGUGCUCAGCGCUGUGGUCUACUAGCGCAUCCCCACUGUGCUGACUUCCAACGGCAUCCACCUCUGUCCUAUAGGCCCCCUCCUUUCUGGCCGCAGCGCUCAUGGCAGGACUUGUGGGACACCACCCAGCUCCCCUUCCCCUUCAACACACACACACACACACACACACACACACACACACACACACUCUGGCUCUACCCAAAGCUCUGGCUAGCAGCACUGAAUUCUUUAAUGGUGUUUGCACCUUAUCCUUUUACCAGCUGUUGGCCAGUUCUCCUGGGACGUGAGGGAUGCAGGGAGUUGGCAGAGGGGACCCUGAGUGACCACUAAGCCUGGCCUCGUGGCGCUGGGGCUGGAGCCAUCCUCAGGCCUUCCAGGUGUGUCUUGCUCCACUUGGCCCGUUGUGUGUUACCAUUUCACAUGGACUUCAUCAAAUGUGCCCCUGGAUUCAGACUAGCCCUGAAAGGGUUGCAGAGUAUCCUGUUCCUUGCGCAUCCCUCAACCAAGGACAGCUGUGAAGGGUGCUGGGAGAGGGGAGGCUCAUGGGGUUCCACUCCUAUCUGGAUUUGCAUGGUAUGAAGAGGCCAUUGGUGUCCAGCCACGAUGUCAUCUCCCUUUUCUACAUUCCCUAGAGUCCCAUGCAUGACAGAGAGGUCCAAGGCUGAGAUAAGAUGGCUACUUCCCGCAGUGCGUCGAUCACAGUAGGCAGGAGGCUGGCAGAGUUGAUAGGCAAGGCGUCUGGGAAGAGGGCGGUCUAAAAGAGAUCCUCCACCACAACACUCUCUAAAUAUGUGGCCUGGAGGAUUUUAGUUUACUGUGAACAAAGUUGAAAGCAUGCAAAGAGACAAGGAACCGUACAAGGUGGUUUUCUCAAGUACCGAAUGAGUGGUACAGAGGAGUGGUUUCCAAACCGGAAUGUACAAAAGACUCACUUGGGAGCCUUUCGAAAGUGCAGGCCUCACCCAGACCAACUGGAGUAGAAUCUCAAGGAUGGGAGGGGCAGUAACAGGGAGCCUAUAGUUUUUAACAUGCUCCAGAUGAUUCCGCUGUGGCCAUCCUGGACCUCAGCUAUGGUCUGGGAACUGGGACCCACUGGCUUAGUUUGGUGCUAUCGGAGAUCGUUGGCAGGAGGGAUCCCUGGGGUCUGAGGUGGACCAGGAAGGCUUUCUGGAGAACCUGGGUCUGUUAGGGCAUCGAAGGUGAUCAAGAUACAAGUAAGUAGGGGCAAGAUGGGAGUUUGAAUUGUAACCAUUUGGUCCUGGAAAAGAAAGAAACCAAGAAAUGAUGGGGACUCAGUGGACUUCCCAAGAGAAAGUAAGCUGGCAGAAAUCAGUCACCAGAAGACUCUGAUGGAAGUGGGGGAGGAUCAUCUUAGGCAAGGAUUUUGUUUGCUAGUGACAGAAACCCUCUUCAAAUGACCACAUCAAAGUAGAGGGUAUUUACAGUAGAGACACAGGCUGGUGCACAGAAUCCACAGAUGGGUGCCAGCCAGGCUCAUGGGGAGUGGAGCUCGGAACUGGAAAACCCGGGGACCUGGAGCUGCCCCUGGUGCUGUCUUGGGGCCAUAUGGUCCGUGUUCUCUAGACCCCUCUGCAUGUUACCCAUAUUCUUCUCCCUCUGUGGACUGACUGUCCUUUUCAGCAAACACAUUCACCCUACAGCCCCUGAGUGUAUAUCUCUCAGCUCUCACCACCCACAGAGACUGUGUCUCCCAGUCACAAUUUUAAAUUCUCAGAAAAAUAAGUGACAAGUGAUGGGCCAAACGUAGGGCAGGUGUCCAUCCCAGCCCUAUGUACUUAGAGCAGGGGGACGAGGAAAUAACAAUUUCCCUCAUGGGAUAAACAUGGCUGCUGAGCACCCAACUCUAGGGAUAGGGGUUGGGUUGUUUUCAGAGAAAGAGGUACGGUUUUGUUCUCAGAAGACACUCCAAGAUAUGUCUGUCCCCAGCAUGCUCUGAUAUCUGCUAAGCUUUUGCUUAAAAGUUUACUUGCUGCAUCACUGGACAGGUGUUUCUCUGAUCUCUGUCUUAAGGCUUA